CCUUCAGUUCAGCUCCAAGGCUUCAUGCUGCCACUUCCCUCUCCACACAGCUGCCAGGAAAAUACACUGCUGCAAUGCUGAAUUACCCACAACGGGACAUUUCGCAACGUUUUUUUCUCUAACGCAACCCACCUGGAAUACCUUAAUCCUCCCACAGGUCAAUCUUCAAAAAUGGCUCAGGAGAACGCCACCUGUCAUUAUAAUGAGACCAUGGAGUUCUUUUAUAACAAAUCUGGUGGGAGAUAUCCUGUGGGCGAUAAACUGCUCAUCCUGGUCAAAGUGGUUGGCUCCAUCUUCUGUGUCUUCAUCCUGGUUGCUAACUGUAUGGUCAUUGCUGCUGUAAUCACCAAUAAGAAGUUUCACUACCCUUUCUACUAUCUUCUUGCCAAUCUCGCUGCCUCGGACUUCCUUGCAGGCAUAGCCUAUGUGUACCUCAUGUUCAACACAGGUGACGUUUCACCAACACUUAGUAUCAAUGAGUACUUCUUCCGCCAAGGACUCCUAGAUGUUAGUCUCUCUGCUUCGCUGGCUAAUCUACUUGUUAUAGCUCUGGAGCGCUACAUCUCUAUAAUGAACUGGAAAGUCCACAGCAACCUGAACAAGAGGAGGGUGACAUUAUUGAUCGUUCUUGUUUGGAGCAUCUCUAUUCUCAUGGCCAUGGUGCCCAGCCUGGGCUGGAACUGCAUCUGUAAACUGGAUAGCUGCUCCUCAAUGGCUCCCAUCUUUAGCAAGAGCUACCUAAUAUUCUGGUCAGUUUCGAACUCUAUUAUUUUUGUUACCAUGGUGGGGAUCUACAUUCGGAUCUACACCUAUGUUAAGAGGAAGACCACUAUGCUUAUGUCAAACACCUCUAGCUCCAUCAACCGCAGGAGGACGCCUAUCAAGCUCAUCAAGACGGUCAUGGUUGUGCUCGGAGCCUUUUUGAUCUGCUGGACGCCUGGCCUUGUGGUCAUGUUCUUGGACGGGGUAGAUUGUGAGCAGUGUGAAGUCAAGAAACUGAAGAGCUUGAUGCUUCUAAUGGCUGUUGCCAACUCAGUCAUGAACCCCUGCAUUUACUCCUACAAAGAUGAGGAGAUGUGGACAACGAUAAAAAACCUUAUGCGCUGCAAUGGCACUGGUACCCGGAGGCAGCGGUCAAUGCUUGCUAAUGCCAGGCCACUAAACUCUGAUCAGGACACAGGCACCAGUCCGCCAGCCUCGGAGGAAACUUAAAGUGACAAAAAAGGCUCACUGGAUACAUGAAACAACAUCUCGUGUUAAAUUUGACAGAACUGCUGUCUUAGUUGGAGUCAACAUACACAGACGCAUUGUGGAGACUAAGGACAAGCCUUCAGCAUAUCUCCAGCACCGUCAGUCAAUUUUGGUUUCCUCAGAUUCAACAGUAAUUUGUGAGGAGAGACUACAGGGUAUUAGCUCAGAGAUGAGAUAACUUUAUGCACUACUAAAAUUCCCUAAUGGCUGUAAAGAUGUCCGGUUUCCUAGGAUUUCAUCCAUUUGGGCACAUUACUCCCAUUCUUGGGUAAUGGGAGAACCCCCCCGCCCCCAUCCCCACCUCCUCCUCAUCCUGUUUCAAGUGUCAUCAGAUCCCUCUGACUCAUUGUAAGUGACCAGUGACAGAUGAAACAAGUACAUUUAAACACUUCAAACCCUGGAGAUGUAAAAGUUGUACAUUAUUCUUAUUAUGCAUUUGUUUAUAAUUGUUGUAAUUAUUAUUUUUUUUUUUACUGCAUGAAUAUUUUAAACAAAACUUCAACUGAGGAUGUUCAAUGAAGUUGUGCAUGGCCGGGGCAGAAUCUAGAAGCUUUUUGUUUGUGUAAAAGUACUGUAAACAGCUACAAUGUAACAUGGUACUUGAACUAAGCUUAAUGAGUAUUUUUUUUAACCUACCGGUAAUAAUCAAAUUCAUUUCUUUCAUUCUCCACCCUAUACAUGCUUGUAUCUCUUCUCUUUUUGGUUACUUAUGUAAACAGAAGUCGCUUCUUAAAAUGUUGCAUGUCAAACGUGCUUUUCUGUAUCAUUUUCUCAAAUCAACUUUACCUCUUUGCAAAACACUGGAUUACUGCUAAAGAUUCAGCAUAUAAUGUGUGGUUCAACAUUGAGAAGGAUAAGAGAAAAACUCCCUACCCACACAGACUACUACAGGUCGAUCACAUCGCUGAAUCAUUAGCUGACUUUUCAUUGCAUGCAUACUAUGUACUGUAUACCGGUACCUAAGCUGUGGUAAAGAACCCUUGAAUUCAUCCUUAUCAAAGGUAUGCGGCUCUUAACUUUGACUUUAACUUGUAUAAUAUUCCUCAGUAGAAAGAUUAUAGCGCCAAUGAUUAAGCUGAGAUUAUCCAUACGUGUGGACUCUUACUGUUGGACUUGUCAGAAGCGAUAACCACUCGUAACCAUUCUAGUUAUUUCCUGUUAUAAACAUUUCAGUUUGAGAUGUGCUUCCUUUUUGUUAUUUGCAGAAAAUACUCCCCCCCUCUACUCCUUGAUUUGAGAUCUUAUAAAAAAAACAUUAUCACCAUAAAGGGCUUCUAUAAGGCAGUGUUUGAAAUAGAUCAUAAGGCUCUAUGCCUGAGCACCAUAUGGGUUGGCAGAAUCACAAGAGCAACUAAUAUUUAUUUGUAUGUCCAAUCAAUAUUGAGCAGGUGAUCCUUAUUCUUUGUGCUUUAACAGCUAAUGUUUCAGCAGAUGUUAAUCUGAUUAGCACAUUGCAUUUCCCAUAAAUAGGACUAAUCAUAUCUUAACUGGGGGAUUUCUUGAUAAACAGAGAUGCUCAUGAAUGAAGAUAAAACAUUUAUCUUCUGUAAGGCACGACAAGUUUAUUUGUAUCACACAGUUCAGUACGAAGAAAAUUGAAAGUGCUUUACAUGAAUUAAAUGAUUCUGUGGUUUUAUUCUAUCCAUUUGGUUUUGAGGAUACAGAAUAAGCAGUGCUUCCCUUGGGUAUCUAUCAGAACUGCCACUACUGGCUCCUUGCGGCUUAUUUGAUAAUUUUGUCUUUGUGUUUUGGGCUUUAUGUACGAGUGGUUGACCUGAAAACUAAAACACAUUGCAUAAAGCCAUGCUGCAGAGCAGGGGUUUCCAAAUAGGGGUUCCAUUUGCGAGACACCAAUUAGACGGUGAUGGGACAGCUAUCGUAACCGUAUCCUUGAGGUAAAAGUAGGUCCAAAAUAUAUAAUAAAAUACAAAAAUAUGAAUAAGUAAAUAAUU